AUGUCGUUAUUUCUGAAUAGUCUGAGAGGUAACCAGGAGGUGUCUCAGGAGAAGUUAGACGUGGCAGGAGUGCAAUUCGACGCGAUGUGUUCUACUUUUAACACCAUCCUCAGAACGUGUCUUGAAAAGUGUAUCCCGCACGAGGGCUACAGCGAGCCCGACCUUGCGAAGGGGGAACAGUGCUGCAUAGAUAGAUGUGUGGCAAAGAUGCACUACAGCAACCGCCUCAUCGGCGGGUUUGUACAGACACGAGGGUUCGGGCCGGAGAAUCAACUACGACAUUACUCCCGAUUUCUGUCCAAGAAAACGACCGGUGAGCCCAAAGACUAG